AUGAGCGGCGACGAAAGCAUCAACGGCCUCGCGGCCCAGAUCUCAGAGCUCGCAGGCGGCUUCACCAAGUCCCUAGCAGAGGCCAGCGUCGCCGAGCCCAACUUCACGGCCGCCAGCGCAACCAGCUACGAGAACCUGACGGGGGACAUGUUCCUCCGCCGGCAAGAGCUCCUCGACAAGAUCACAGACCUGUGGUACCUCGUCCAAGGCCCCAGCGAGAGCAUCUUCAACUACGUCCACACGUGCGUCCCCGACAUCAUGGCGCUCAACCUCAUGAACCACUUUGACUUCUGGGCCGCCGUGCCCCUCGACGGCUCCGCAUCGGCCGCCGACGUCGCCCAGCACGCCAACCUGCCCGAGGAAGUAGCCCGGCGCGUGCUGGAGCACGCGCUCACGCUGCGCCUCUUCGCCCCCGAGGGCGACUUCAAGACGACGGGGCGGGUGCGGCACUCGUGCCGGUCCGCGGCGCUCGUCAAGUCGGCCGGCCUGCGGGCCCUCGUGUCAACCGUCAUCGACGACGCCGGCGCGCCCAUGCUCGCCAUGAACCGCGCCCUGGAGCUGUACGCCCGCGGCGAGGCCGGGCUCCCCCGGGACAUGGACAAGACGGCCUUUGCGCUGUACCAGCGCGGCGGCACGGUGGGCGGCUACAAGACGUCGUGGGAGUUUAUAGAGAGCGACGGCGAGGGCGACCGCAAGGGCUGGCGGCAGAGGAACUUUGUCGAGUUCAUGCGCUACCUCAAGGAGAUCUUUCGCCUGGAGACGGUUCUCGAGAAGUCGUUUGACUGGAAGGCCGCGGGGAAAGCCACCGUGGUGGAUAUUGGCGGUUCCGGCGGCCACGACUCGUUCGCCCUGGCGCAAAAGUUCCCAGAGCUCAGCGUCGUCGUGGAGGAUUUGCCGCAGGCGCAGGCGGGCUUCGACAAGCACCAGCCCGCGGAGAUGAAGGACAGGGUCACGUUUGUGGCGCACGACUUCUUCCAGCCGCAGCCUGUCGAGGCGGACAUUUACCUGAUCAAGUUGAUUCUGCACGACUGGCCGGACGACGAGUGCGUGCGGAUCCUGCGCGGGCUGGUGCCGGCCAUGAGGCCCGGCGCGCGCGUCUUCUUCCUCGACUACGUGGGCAAGCAGGAGGCCGGGGAGGGCGAGGCGCCGAUGCCCCGGUCGAUACAGCAGAUGGGCACGGCGACGGACCUGAGGAUGAUGGCGCUGUUCAACGCCGAGGAGCGCCCGGCGGAGGCGUGGCGGGCCAUUUUCGAGGCUGCCGAUGGGCGGUUCGACAUUGUGCGCCUGGAGGCGAAUCCCUUGAGCUUCUUUGUUGUUAUUGAGGCCGUGUGGAGGGGCUGA